AUGGAAGUAGCCUCUGCUAACAUUGAGCUAGUACCAGAUGGUGAGUGCAAUGAGAUUGUAACUGAUAGAGAUGGUGUCCUGACAGAAUUAGAUGUUCAAAAUGGUGUCCUUGAAGGAAGAAAGGAAUUUGUUGCCCCCGCUGUUGGAAUGGAAUUUGAGUCUUAUGAUGAUGCUUAUAAUUAUUACAACUGCUAUGCUAAGGAAGUGGGAUUUCGUGUUAGAGUGAAGAAUUCAUGGUUUAAGAGGAACAGUAGAGAGAAGUAUGGUGCAGUACUUUGUUGCAGCAGCCAGGGUUUCAAAAGAAUUAAGGAUGUAAACCGUUUAAGAAAAGAAACAAGAACUGGCUGUCCUGCAAUGUUAAGGAUGAGGUUAGUGGACUCCAAGAGGUGGAGGGUACUUGAAGUUACACUUGAACAUAACCAUUUGUUAGGUGCUAAGAUCUACAAAUCAAUUAAGAAGGUGGGAAGUGGAAUGAAAAGGAAGUCACAGUCAAGUUCAGAUGCAGAAAAACGAACAAUUAAGUUGUACCGAGCACUUGUGAUAGAUUCAGGGGGCGAUGGGACCUCAAAUUCUAAUCCAACAGAUAUCAGGAAUUUUCCUGACCAUCCCAAUCAGUUGAACCUUAAGAAAGGUGACACACAAGCAAUCUAUAACUAUCUUUGCCGAAUGCAGUUGACUAAUCCGAACUUCUUUUACUUGAUGGACCUCAAUGAUGAUGGGCGGUUAAGGAAUGUGUUCUGGAUGGAUGCUCGGUGUAGGGCAGCCUGUGGUUAUUUUGCUGAUGUGAUAUACUUUGACAACACAUAUUUGUCAAAUAAAUAUGAGAUCCCACUUGUGGCAUUUGUAGGGAUAAAUCACCAUGGGCAGACAGUAUUGCUUGGUUGUGCCCUGCUUGCUGGGGAGACGACAGAAUCUUAUACUUGGUUGUUCAGAGCUUGGCUUACAUGUGUAUCAGGACAUUUUCCACAAACAAUUAUUACUGACAGGUGCAAGGCCUUACAUAGUGCAAUUGCAGAGGUAUUUCCAAGAUGCCAUCAUCGUUUUGGUUUGUCACACAUCAUUAAAAAAGUUCCAGAAAAAUUAGGAGGAUUGCGCAACUAUGAUGCCAUUAGGAAGGCAUUGAUUAAAGCAGUUUAUGAAACUCUGAAGGUGAUUGAAUUUGAAGCAGCAUGGGUAUUCAUGAUUCAGCGUUUUGGGGUUGGUGAUCAUGAGUGGCUUCGUUCUUUAUAUGAAGACCGAUUUCGGUGGGCUCCAGUUUAUUUGAAAGAGACAUUUUUUGCUGGAAUGUCGGCUGCACGUCCAGGUGAAACCUUAAGUCCAUUUUUUGACAGAUAUGUGCACAAACAAACUCCACUGAAAGAAUUUCUUGAUAAGUACGAAUUGGCUCUGCAAAAGAAGCAUAAGGAAGAAGCUCUUGCAGAUAUUGAGUCACGAAGCUCGAGUCCCAUUUUAAAAACAAGAUGUUCCUUUGAGUUCCAGCUUUCAAAAGUUUACACCAGAGAAAUUUUCAAGAAGUUUCAAUUUGAAGUGGAGGAAAUGUAUUCUUGUUUUAGCACUACACAGUUACACAUUGACGGGCCAAUCAUAAUAUUCUUGGUCAAGGAGCGUGUUGUGGUUGAGGGAAAUAGGCGAGAGAUUAGAGAUUAUGAAGUUCUGUACAACAGAACAGCAGGUGAGGUUCGUUGCAUUUGCAGUUGCUUUAACUUCUACGGGUAUUUAUGUCGACAUGCAUUGUGUGUGCUUAAUUUUAAUGGAGUGGAGGAGAUCCCUUCCAAGUACAUUUUGUCGCGAUGGAAAAAGGAUUUCAAGCGUAUAUAUAUUCCAGAUCACAGCUCCAGUAAUGCUGAUGACACCGACCGCAUGCAAUGGUUCAAUCAGUUAUAUAGAAGUGCCUUGCAAAUUGUAGAGGAAGGUGUGAUUUCUCCUGACCAUUACAAGGUAGCAUUGCAAGCAUUUGAAGAGUCAUUGAAUAGGGUUCAUGAUGUAGAGGACAAACACGAAUGA